UUUCCCAGCCUAUCCCCUUCCACAGAGGGAAAAUCCAAGCUCCUGUCUCUGCUGUUACCGGGCCAGUAAAAAGUGAUUCAGAUUGCAUGUAAUAGUCUGCAGUAAUCGACUCAUUUUUUCCGACUGCUGCAGGCUCCAGAGGAGCGCCGCUGCACGCAAACACAGACUGCUCUGCCGCUGUGCUCUCUCUGCAAGCCAGUUUGGAGAUGCUCCAGGGGACAGUGAGCAGGGCCUGGCUCUGCCUGUCCUGUUGCUUCCUGUUGGGGAUCUGUUCUCCAGCAGAGGAUGGAGGCCCAGCAAGUCCUCCUGCUACUUUUUCCCCUGAGCAAGCUUCAGGGGAGUCAGAUUUAGAGGACUGGGAGUGGGGCUCUGGAUCAUCUCUUCUGCAUCUGCUCCACAGCUUCCCUGCUGACAGCCCCUUCGUAACCGAGUCCACAGAAAAUCCAGUCAACUGCACCCAGCGCUUCUGGCUGCCUCCAUCAGUUCCAAUCUGCUGGGAAAACAUAGCAGGACCCAAAGAGUUUGCCAGGUCCCGCCUGCUUGCUCUGCAGAACAGGGCCGCCCUGCAGGCGGUGUCCACCUCCAGUGGGGUGGAAGAGGGAGGACUAUCCUACGACCACCAAGCCAGAGAGGAGGUCCAGGGAAUCCGUUCAGACCACCAGAAAAUGAUCGAAACUAUACAAAGCGUGGAGACUGUGUUUGUCUCUCUGGAAGAAAAGCGGAAAGAGGGGAAGGAGCAGGGUGUCUUUACGAGCAUGAAGGAGCGUCUCACAAAUACGAGGGAUGCUCUAGAAGGCAGAGAGCGCAUGGCUGACCAUCUGGAGGAGAACCUUUCCACUUUAGAGGAGAUGCUUCUCAAUAUGCAACUUCGACUCAGCAAACUCAUCCAAUACUAACGAUGCUGGAAACCCCUUUUUUGAACUAUAUUUAUAUGAUAUAAAUGUCUUGUAUAACAAUGUAGCCAGUGCAUGCAUGCUCAGGAUGAUUGUAUUUUGUAAUGAGAAAAGAAAAAAAAACAAAAAAACACUUGAUUUGCACCUUAUUAUGUCACCAGCUCACUUGCCAAAAUAAAAUGUGUAACCGAGAACCAACAGAAAUGAAUAAAUGUUAAAUUUUCA